UGCUGCUGGACCACAUACGACCAUUGAUGGGAAGGAAGUUGUGAACUUUGCAUCAGCAAACUACCUUGGUUUAAUUGGCAACGAGAAAAUUACUGAUUCCUGUGUUGGUGCGUUGAAAAAAUAUGGCGUUGGAUCAUGCGGUCCACGUGGCUUUUAUGGAACAAUUGAUGUCCACCUUGACUGCGAGGCAAAAAUAGCUAACUUCCUGGGAACCCCAGACUCCAUUUUGUAUUCAUAUGGGAUAUCUACAAUAUUCAGUGUGAUACCUGCCUUUUGUAAGAAAGGAGAUAUCAUAGUGGCUGAUGAGGGUGUUCACUGGGCAGUGCAAAAUGGACUCUAUCUCUCCAGAAGUACUGUUGUUUAUUUCGAGCAUAAUGAUAUGGCAUCCCUCGCUCACACUUUGGAGAAAAUUACUUGUGGAAAUAAACGUAGUGAGAAGAUUAGACGCUACAUUGUUGUGGAAUCUAUCUACCAGAAUUCUGGUCACAUUGCCCCCUUGGAUGAGAUAAUCAAGCUGAGGGACAAAUAUAGGUUCCGUGUUAUUCUGGAGGAGAGCCAUUCGUUUGGUGUGCUUGGCAAGUCUGGAAGGGGCCUUGCUGAACAUUAUGGGGUUCCAAUUGACAAAAUUGAUAUCAUCACUGCUGCAAUGGGAAAUGCAUUAGCUAGUGACGGUGGCUUCUGCACAGGAAGCGCCAGAGUUGUUGAUCAUCAGCGUCUAAGCAGCGCUGGCUAUGUCUUCUCUGCCUCUUUGCCGCCCUAUCUUGCCAGUGCUGCAAUUUCUGCUGUCAACUACCUGGAAGAGAAUCCUUCAGUUCUGACCAAACUAAGGAGCAAUGUUGCUCUUCUGCAUAAAGGACUGUCAGGUACACCGGGGCUUCAGAUUUCUAGCCAUGUUCUGUCACCUAUUGUCUUCCUCAAGCUGAAUAAAUCGACAGGUUCUCUGGCCACUGACCUAGAUCUUCUUGAAACCAUUGCCGGGCAGGCUUUGAAGGAAGAUUCAGUUUUCGUGGUCCCAUCCAAAAGGUCAACUUUGGACAGGUGCAAGCUCCCGGUUGGGAUCCGCCUGUUCGUAUCAGCUGGUCACACGGAAUCAGACAUCUCCAAAGUGUGUUCAUCCUUGAAGAAGGUUUCUGCGUCGGUCCUUUCAAACCACAAUUGAUUCCACGUUCCUUGAAAGACGAGAAGAGACGUUGGUCGUUUUCGACGCCCUGUGUACGGUAGCCUGAUUGUGGUUGGUAUAUGUACAUAACAAUUAUGUACAUGUGGACUAUGUUGCUGCUUAAACUUCAGGUUCAGCAGGGUUUUAGGUGUUGAAAAGUUCAGUUUCGACAGUAGCUGUUUUUCUUCAGUUUCGUCAGUUAAAUAACCGAGCUGCGCCUCGGCCGUAGCUAGCUAGUUGUGCGGCGCCCUGACCCGAUCGUGGGAUGGCACGA